AUGAUCCCCCACCAGCAGUUUCGGGAGCCCUUGCACCGGUACCAAUACCGGUGCCGGUUCUGCCCCGGGCUGCCCGGCCCCAAGCGACGACCCGGACAUCAUCGAGGAGAUUCCGGAUUCGUACCCAACCUGCACCGUCGUCGUAGACGCCUUUGCUCCCCCACGCGCAUCCUCGAGCACUACCUCCAGCAAAUCAAACCAGCGCCACGGCCCCCAAAAGGCCGCUCGACAUCGACGCCGACGCCGACGUGCCCCAAGUUUCUGGAGGCUCAUCCGGCCCUGCAGCCAAGUUCCCCGGUCCCAGCCCCGAACCCAGCCCCGACACAGUCCCCGGCCCACCCCAACCUCUCUCCGCCGCAACCAGUCAGACCACGGCCCCCGCGGCCCCGCGCCCCACCCCCAACCCGGAGCAUGAGCGACUCCCUCCUCCGCCUCGGCCCAGAUGACCCAGACGACCACGCCGACGCCGACGCAAACACAAACGUGCGCCGCCGCCGCCCCGGCCCCGUCACCACCGCCCACGACAUCAACCCCACCACCCUCCACUUCUUCCCCCGGAGCCCCGCGUCGCCGCCGAGCCCGUCACCGAAGCCUCCUCCUCACCCCGCGCCUCGAGGACCUCGCCCGCCACCUCGACCUGGACAAGCGCUACCGCCCAGAGAGCGCGAGCGCGAGCCUAGGCGCCGCGCCCGCACGAGCAGCGGCCCCCACCGCCCCUUUGAGCGCGGCUACUGGCUCCUCGACUGCUCCGCCUGGGACCCCGCCGCCCGCUGGCGCGCCUGGUCCUUCCUCGCCCACUGGAUCCGCAGCGGCUUCGCCGGCUGGGGCGUCUCGUGCUACCGCGACGAGCCCCUCUCCUGGAUCCGCACCUACUGCUGGGGCAGCGUCGCCGGCCACAUCUACCUGCUCCUCUACCUCGUCACCGUCCGCCGGCUCAAGUACAUGGACAUGUCUUGGAUCGGCGACGACGGCGUCCCCAAAAUCUUUGUCGCGGCGCGCGGGAGGAGGCUCGAUGAGGAGGCGCAGAGUCUCCCGUGA